AUGAGCCAGCUCUGUUCUAUUAAGUCUGGCUUCCUAUUGUGUAUUAUGAUUAGUAUAUACCUGUUAUUCAAUAAUAUAAAGCAUUUUAAGGAGCUAAUGGAUGAAAAAGGGAAUAAUGAAGUAAUAGAGUGUGGAUACUACCCAGCAGAACUGUGUAAAGCUCUUUUUGAAGGAAAACCUGCAGCACUGAUAGUUGGAAAUGUGUGCCAAGAAGCACUCCCACCCUCAAAUGAUCAAGGUCUGAGGUACCUACAAUUACCUACCAACUGCUCAGAAAUAAUUAAAGAAAUGCACAUUAUCACUAAACCCCUUUCUGAAGAAGAAGCCAACUUUCAUUUGGCUUAUAUAAUAACCAUUCAUAAGAAACUCCAGAUGUUUGUCAAGCUUCUCACAGCAAUAUAUGCUCCUCAAAAUGUUUACUGCAUUCAUAUUGACAAAAAAGCCCCCAAGACCUACAAAAAUGCUGUCUAUACUAUAGCCAGCUGCUUUCAGAACAUUAUUAUUUCCUCAAAACAAGAAAAUGUUGUGUAUGGUGGAUUUUCACGUCUGAAAGCAGAUAUUAAUUGCAUGGAAGACCUAAUUCGUUCAAAGACACCAUGGAGUUAUGUUAUCAAUGUGUGUGGGCAGGAUUACCCUAUAAAAACAAACAAGGAAAUUAUAAAAUACCUGAAAAGCAAGUGGAGAGGGAGAAAUGUAACUCCUGGCACAAUACAGCCACCUCACAUGAAGUACAGGACAGAGGUGAGCUAUAAAGAAUUCCUCAAUCAGGGAAAACCAUAUAUCUGUCCAUCUUCCAUAUUGAAAAACAGGCCGCCGCAUAAUCUUACUCUAUAUUUUGGAACAGCAUACUAUGCCCUCACACGAGACUUUGUGGAGUUUGUUUUAUCAGACAUCCGAGCCAAGGACCUUCUUGAAUGGUCAAAAGACACAUAUAGUCCUGAUGAACACUACUGGGUGACUCUAAACCAUCUUAAAGAUGCUCCUGGAUCCACACCAGAUGCUCAAUGGGAAGGAAACAUCAGGGCUGUUAAAUGGAAGGAUCAGGAAGGCAAGGCUCACCCUGGAUGCAAUGGUCACUACAUUCGUGACAUCUGUGUAUACGGACUUGGAGAUUUAAAGUGGUUAAUGGAGUCUCCACACUUAUUCGCCAACAAAUUUGAUCCAGAACAUUAUCCACUUUUAACAGAUUGCUUAGAAAGACAGUAUAGGCUUAAGGUUCUGCAGGAAGCAGAAGUUGCUAUUGAAAAAAACUGGCAUUUUCAAGAUGAUGUUUUCAAUAUAAAAGAAAAGGUCUAAAAACAAGAACACUAACAAUACGCUCUUGAA